AUGGUGGCUUGUGAAAGACAGCUUCUGGGCCUGGCCUUGGCCAUCAUUGGCUUUGUGGGGACCAUUAGCAUCUGUGCUCUUCCCACAUGGACAGUGCAUAAAGUCGACCAUCAAUCAUCGAACAACGUGCAAUCUGAAGGUUUGUGGAAAGCCUGUGAUACCGUCAGUGCAGAGCAUGUGGAGUGCAAACAAUAUGGAAAACGACUCUAUAUAAGUCUAGACCUUGAGGUUGCCAGAGUGCUCAUCAUCAUUGCCAUUAUUAUUGGUGUCUUUGGGAUCCUGCUCGGUGUUGUUGGGAGCAAAUUCAUCAACUUUGUGCCAGAUGAAAUGAAAAAGAGCAAAAUAGCUAUGGUUUCCGGAGUUGCUAUUCUCUUUGCUGGCCUCUUUGUGCUAAUACCAGUCUGCUGGACCACCAUCACCAUCACCUAUGUUCUGCAGGGUGACCGUGUAAAGAGUGAACCGGGAGCCUUGCUUUACAUUGGCUGGAUCACCACAGCACUUCUGUUCCUGGGAGGAGGCCUCCUCUGCAGCUCCUUUAUCUGCAGAGAUGGAACUGACCAAGAUGUUGAGUAUGUCAACCCUCACUCUUUGUAA